AGCAAUGCCUCUCACUUCUCCGCUUGCGCUUCCCUUCCUCCUCCUCCUCCCGCUCCCGGCUCUGAAGCUUUUGUUUUCCCCAGCUGCUGCGAUGGCAGGAAACUUCCCGGAGGGAUGGGUUCAGGCCGCGCUUGUGCUGCGCCGGGCUCCGCAGGGCACCGGCCGCGCCGUGAGGUUAUUUGGGAAGGGAAUACUUUGUUGAACACAACAGCACAAGAUGACUUAUGAUUCCUGCUCUUCGUGGGAGCCUGUCUGGAUUGUCCCUGCAGAAUGCUACAGCUUCCUUUCCUCUUCAGUGUUCUUGUCUUGUGGAGUCAUAAACCUCAGUGGAACUUUGGCGCAAGCUUGUCACUGCGUGCAGAGAUGGAGGAGAUGCCCUCUGAAGAUGGCUCUAUCCCUUUUCUGAUUAUAAACAUGAAAACAGCCAGAAGGGACUGUUGCAGUCAUCCCGAAUGAAUGAGAUGGAAAUACUGACAUGAACUUAAGAACUUUGAUGCUUUCAGACAUUGAACUUUGAUUGUUAAAGGAUCAGUUAAAAAUACUGCCUGAACAAGAUGAAAGGCCUUGAAGACUUUUGUUUCUGUUUUCAUUUCUCCUGAAGCAAUGGUUUUCUCAGCAAUGUUGACACUGGCCCACUCUGGGACCUCAAAUGCUACUUUUAUUGUCUAUGAAAAUGCCUAUACGAAUUUUACCACUCCCCAGUUCUUGCUUCAUAGUGGCACAACACAGCCAUUGAGAUAUAGUUCAGGUGUUGUGCUCACCACUGAGAGAAGUACUUUCCUGGUAAACACUACAGCUAUCCUGCCAUCGCAAGAAGUUUUCAGGAGCUUGAGUUUGCCACUCCAGAUCAUUCUUUCUGCUGCUAUGAUAUUUAUCCUAUUGGUUUCUUUCCUUGGAAACUUUGUUGUCUGCCUCAUGGUCUACCAGAAGGCAGCUAUGCGAUCUGCAAUUAACAUCCUCUUAGCAAGCCUGGCUUUUGCAGACCUGCUGCUGGCAGUGCUGAAUAUGCCAUUUGCUCUUAUAACAAUCAUUACCACUCAGUGGAUUUUUGGGGAUAUAUUUUGCAGAGUUUCUGCCAUGUUCUUUUGGCUUUUUGUCAUAGAGGGGGUAGCCAUUCUUCUCAUUAUUAGUAUUGACCGAUUUCUCAUCAUAGUUCAGAGGCAAGAUAAACUGAACCCUUACCGUGCAAAGAUUCUCAUUGUGAUUUCCUGGGCGGCAUCCUUUGUUGUUGCUUUUCCAUUAUCUGUAGGGAAUCCUAACCUGCAGAUACCCUCAAGAGCACCUCAGUGUGUUUUUGGCUACUCUACAAGCCCAGGUUACCGAGCCUAUGUGAUAGUUAUCUUGCUAAUUUCUUUUUUUAUUCCCUUCCUGGUAAUGCUGUAUUCUUUUAUGGGCAUACUCAACACCGUCCGCCACAAUGCAGUUCGUAUCCAUAGCCACCCUGAUAGCAUAUGUCUCAGCCAGGCCAGCAAACUUGGUCUCAUGAGCUUACAGAGACCUUUUCAGAUGAAUAUUGAUAUGAGCUUUAAAACUCGUGCCUUCACAACCAUCUUGAUUUUAUUCCUUGUCUUCAUAGUCUGUUGGGCACCAUUCACCACUUACAGCCUUAUUGCCACGUUCAACAGCCACUUCUACUACAAGCACAACUUUUUUGAGAUAAGCACUUGGCUCCUUUGGCUCUGCUACCUCAAGUCUGCACUGAACCCACUGAUUUACUACUGGAGGAUUAAGAAGUUUCAUGACGCAUGCUUAGACUUGAUGCCCAAAUUCUUCAAGUUUCUGCCACAGCUACCUGGCCAUACAAGGCGGCGCAUUCGACCCAGUGCCAUCUAUGUGUGUGGGGAGCACCGGUCGGUGGUUUGAAACUGUGGCUCUUUGACAAUGAUUGUUGUAUUUUGGGAUUGUUUUCUGGCUUUAGGUCGAAUUUUGUUUUGUUUCAUAUGGCUUUUUCAGUAUGGCCAUAUCUUAUAACUUGAUUUAGUUUUCCACUACUCUGUGCAAUUUUGGGAAGAUAGAGGGAGGGAAAGUGAUUGGUUAUAGUUAGGUUUACUACCAGAAUACAAUGUAAACAAAAUAACAAAUGUUACCUCUGGGAUUCCAUGGAAAUCCAUUCUUUUAAAUGAAAACUGCAUUUGUAACAUUUUGUCAGGUUUAUGCUUACUAGGCCUGCAAUCUAAUUGUAGGGACUUCUUAUGCUGCUAAGAUAUGGUGUAUUUAGUUGAUGUAAUUUUUCUGAAAAAUGUUGCUGCUGUCUGCCGAUAUAAUAGAUCCAAAAAGUCUCAUUAGAUUACUUCUAUUUAAUUUAACAACAUUUCAGAAGUUUUCAUUAUAACAUUAGAAAACUUUUUUUUAAUAUUUCCAUUAAUAUUUUUGUGCACUUUACAAAAUUUACUAUAUAAUUUGUUCAUUGGAAUAUUUUAUUCUGUAUUGAAGGUGUAUUAUUAUUGCUGUUAUAAUUUGUUAUGUUGGUGAAUUUCAAUGAAAGAACCGUGUAAGUUGUAGGAGGGCAAUUUAUGUUGGUAUAGCUACAUGUACAGUCAUAAAUUUGCUGUUUUUUUAACAAUUGGUCAAAAGUAACUAACUGCUCAGUUAUCAGAGGAGUUAGAAGGAGAAAACGGAGGAAUGGAAGGGAAAGAGAGCAACAAAAAUUCCAUGACCCGAGCUUUAGGCUAACACAAGAUUUAAAAAAAUAGUGUUCAUGUGAAAAUUAUUAUGAGGUACAGGGUGACUGUAGUUAUUACUUGAGGUUGUUACAAGCUACUCAAACCUGAUGAUAUGCCUGAAAACCUAUCUGAAAUAGUGAUUUUUGGGCCUGCAGUUUAUACUGUGUUUUCGUAGUGAUGUUUCUGCUCAGAGCUCAUAUAAGGCUGGGUAUGCUCUACACUAUUGAAAUCAUGCUGUUGGGCAUUUGUUGGGAUAGAAUUAGAAAUAGUAGGGUAAACCAGAAAAGAGAUGGCAAAUAACCCAUAGCUGAGGUUAGGAUUUAGUCUACACAGUAAUUACAGGGGAAGAAAAAAUCCUCAACUUGCUUGUUUUACAAUUUAAGUAUUGGACCAAAACCAUAAACAGACAAUCACAGAAUCAUAGAAUGGCUUGGUUUUGAAGGGAUCAUAAAGAUCAUCUAGCUCCAACUCCACUGCCAUGAGUAUGGACGCCUUCCACUAAUCAGCUUGCUCAAAACCCCAUCCUUCCUGGCUUUGAACACUUCCAGGGAUGGAGCAUCCACAGCUUCUUUGGGCAACCUGUUCCAGUGCCUCACCUCCCUCACAGGGAAGAAGUUAUUCCUGUAUCUUAUCUAAAUCUACCCUCUUUCUGCCAUUACCCCUUAUAACAGUCAGCCAGCAGAAUUUGCUGGGGAUGUAAGUUAAAUUCCCCCUUUCCCUCUGAUACUACUUUACAUUGAUUUUUUUCCAUUGCCUCUUUGUCUCUGUAGUGGCUGCUGCCUCAAGGGUUUAUUCUGCUGUUCUCAUCUAUUAGGCAUCAGCUUCUCUCCCUGAAAUGCCAGACUACCUUUCUGAUUAAUGUCAGGCUGUCUUAAUACCUGCCUGGAAAGCAGAAUGGCAAAGAUUUUCCUUAAUGAGGGCAAACCAGACUCAGAUUAUUUUUUUUAAUCAGCUAAAUAAAUAUUGUGAGAUAAGUAAAAUUAAGAUUAAGGUUUGGGCUUUGAAGUUCAGAGCUUUUUGCUCUGAGGCUGGGGAAAAAUGCCUGUAAAAUCUGUGUGUCCUUGCAGUGAGCUUUUUGAGCCCAUGGCUGAGAACAGGGGCAUUGAUGUACAACAAACCUAACAAACCAGAGCUAGAAUUUGGGCUUCUCUUGCUCCAUCUCUCUUUCUACUUCUGUCUAUCUACCCAGUACAUGUUUGCAUGAAGAAAAUACCUUGUUCUGUGUGGAUGUCCAGGGACUGCUUGCUUCCUGAGGAUAACAAAACAUUCACACCCCAAUGUGAAUUCUUCUUCAAUGAAGAACUAAUUUAAGUUAUCUCUGUUCUUCUCAUUGACAGCUAUUGGUAAAAGUGUUGGCAGUAUUUAAAUUUUAGGAGUAAAAAGGAACAAUUUUGAAUUUAGUAAUUUCAUUUUUUGAAAAAAGCUGCUAGCUGAGGUUGUGAGGUUGUGGGUUACAUGUAAAGUUACGUGUUGCCCAGCAGUGGCGAGGUUAUUGAUGUCUGUUGUUUUCUUUUCCUUGUCAACUUCACUGAUGAUGGUAUGGAUUUUUCUGAUCGAAAUGACAGACAGUAAAAGACUUCCACUAUAAAAGAGAGUGUUUUAGUGUGUCUUUGCAGUAAAGCUUUUAUUUUUCAAUUACAUUUACAUUGAUAGCAGAAGUUUAUGACCUGGUUAGUAUGGAUUUUCCAUUUCAGAGCUGUCAUGCCUGUUUAUCUCUGAAAGCAGCAAAACUGUGCUUAAAGUAAUAGAGAGCAUACACUGUCUAAAUGGCAGGAACAGGUAUUUUUGCUGUCUUCCAGCACUACAAUGUUAGAGAUUUGAAUGAGUGUCGUAAAACAUAAUAAUUCAAGAAGAGAAGAUGAGUAAUACAGGAAAGUUAGUGAAAUUACUUUCUUGAAGGAGGAGGGGAAAACAUUUUGUGGGAAUUUCUCAAUUUACGAUAAGUACUGGCUGUGAAGUGGAAAUUGCAAACAUCAAAGACAGUUAAUUUGUUUUCAUAAUUAAGUGUUUGCUUACACUGACUGUAACAAGGUUUCUUCUCAGAGCUGCAUCUGCUGAUCCUUAGAGAAAAGAAACCCAAAUUGCUCGCCAUAAUAGUAUUCACACUAGGUUUUCUGAGGUGAUCAGAGCACACGUGAACAAAAGGGUGUUCAAGAAUCAAGGUGGUUUAGAAGUAUCCCCAGGGUAAUUAUGUGUUUACAGGUCUAUUUGAGCUAUUGUGUCUAAUAUACAUCUGUAGAGCAGUGCCUUGAUAAUUGCAGCUGAAGUCCUAGAACCAAGUUGAAGACCUCUAAACUGCUCAGUCUUGCUGCCUGUGAUCCUGCCAAGGAUCCUGCAUAACCAUGCUAACAUUUGUAAUGUCAAAACAUAAACAUAUUGGCAGAAUUUGGGCUAUUGAGGCAUUUUAAUGGGCUUGACCAAGACCAAGGAUUUUAAAAACUCGAAUAGAUCCUUGUUGACUCUAUGUGGGAAUUAUAAUUUUCUUCCUCUCCAGAAAUGAGUCACUGCUAAUCUGUAUUCCCUCAUGUUACAUUUUCAGACAUCUUUAGUAUGGAGGAUUUAAAUGAAUGUAUUUUGAAUUAUGUUGCAGUUUAAUUCAUUCUGUCAAAGCAUGCUGCUUACAGAGUUCUCAAUUGUAUAAAUCUAUUGAUGAAAUGAUUCUUUUGUACUCAAAGUUGUGUAUUUUUGUCAUUUCGUGUUAUUCGUGUAAAAUAUUUCUGUAUAUAGAGAACAUUGUUUUGCCUCUUAUUGCUUUCUGUUACUAUUUUUUUUCACUUGUAUGCUUAAUGCUUUCAUAUUUUAUUUCGAGCAUAUGCAUAAAAAACGGUAAGAUUUCAAUGAUUUUUCUGUGACCUUUUGAGAUUUCUAAUUCUCAAAUCAGUCAACAAUGCCCUCCUUGAAAGACAUUUUAAUUUAUUUUUGUGUGAAAACUAAAAAUUCAGAGCACAAGUUUGUUGUGGUUAGAAUGGUGAGGAAUAUCUUAAGUCCAAUUUUCCAGGAGCCACUAUGAACUGGCUUGAUCUUUUUGGAUUUUUUUGAGAAGUAGUCCUUUUCUGAUGUGGAGAAACCUUGAAUUACUGUUUUAAAACAAAUGGCAUUGUCUUUUCUGUGCAUAUUACACCUGUGAAAACACUUGAGAAAAUAAACAAAAAAAAGAGAGAAAAUAAACAUUCUCCAAAAAGGUAGCAAAAAUCUUCAGAAUUGACUCUAUGUUUGUACAUUCACAGGUUUCUUGGAUUUAAUGCCCAACUUCGUAGUCUCAAACAAUUUAUUUUAUUUGUAUAUUAAAUAGCAAAGAUUGCCUGAUUUAAGUGGUUUUGUUUAAGCCAAAAUGUUUCUCAUGUAAAGCAUUUAGAGUGCUCUUUUCUAAGGCACGGGGGUAGAGACAUGUCAAAACAAUUGAAAGUAGUACCUAAACCAACUGAAAUAGUAUCCAGCAAGAGAGAGAAUACCUAAAAAGAAUAUAAUUUUCCUAAAAUACUACCUGAACUGGGUGUACUACCUUUUAGUUUGGACUGAGUAAUUAAGAUCAUCUUAUUCUACAAUAAAUAAACCAGGCAGCGGUACUGCAUGGCAUGAUUCAUAUCAACACAAGAUAAUGACCUUUAUGAUUCAAGUGUUGCAUGUUUGUAUGUGACAGAUUAUUCUCCAUAUUAGUAGAGUGAAAAAUGUUCAGGCUCUUGGCUGUUUUGGGGAA